CGUUGACACGCGAGGGCGCCACCGUUCCCGCAAAAUGGCGUCCAACUUGGUAAAAUCGACGGCUCGAACUGUGAAACCUUUGCUUUCCCUCGACCAGAGUGAAGCAAGGCGAAGGGCACUGAACCUGUACAAGGCGUGGUAUCGCCAGAUGCCUCAAAUUGUGAAACUCUACGACAUACCGGUGUCAGCGGAGCAGGCGAGGGCCAAGCUGCGGGAAGAGUACGUCAAAAACAAGCAUGUUCGUGAUAUUCGGGCCAUCGAUCUUCUAGUUAUCAAGGGUCAAAUGGAGCUUGUGGAAACACUCAGCAUCUUCAAGCAGAAGUCCCAUGUUAUGAACUACUUCAAGCAAACGGUCAACCCGAAGCCUACAGACUUUAUGUCAAAGUUUCUUGCUGGUUACUAGGAGCCUGCGGUUGCCAGAGGCUGCUACCUUGACCACCUUGGCAGGCCUCUUGAGCUUAAAACUGCCACAUGUUGCAAGCAAAAACUAGCUGUUGAACUGUACAUAAAGCACCUUAGCAAUCAAUAAACAAUGUUUGAAAACGAA